AUAACUUUUGAUUUUGCGAACAGUAGACGUGCAGAAAGUGUAGUACGGGUAUUGGUUGUGUUUAUAUUGUAUAUGUGAUAUAUAUAAAUGGAAUUUCAGAUAUGUAUGUAUUUAUUUACAUACAUAAAAAGCUGAUAUAGAUAAAAUUUCUGAAGAACGUAUAACAAUCCUUCAUCAUCAUAAAUCUAAUCAUAGUUUUGUUGUGAUACAUCAAAUUGAAAAUGUUUUAAAUAUACUUAAAUAAUAAACAAAGUUAAGAAUAUUAAAAUUCGAUAUAUUUAAAGAAAAGGCAAUAUGGAAAAAAUGUUGCAUAAAAAGUAAAUGAAAUAAUACAUACUACGAAAUGAAAUAAAUGUACUAGCUAAGUUUGGUGUCCAAUAAAUUCUAUAAAAAAGUGCAUUUCCGAAAAGUUCAGCAAUAUUUUAACGAAUUAUGAACAAGGUGUAUUAUGUACCAGUUACCACAGUUCAUCUUAUAAAAAUGGUUCCUCUGCACCUUACGUUAAUAUAAUCUCUAACAAAGCAACGAAGCAAUGAUAUGUUAAAGUAAUUUUCAAUAAAAUAUAUUUUUAACUGAAUAUAAAAAAGAUAAAAUCCUUAAAAAACAUACUUUAUCAAUAAUAUGAACAUAAUGGUGUUGAACUUUAAAAAAGAAAAUAACAAUUUUAGCAUUACGGUAUACAAAAUAAAAUUGAAUUAACAAAGUGUAAAUCUGUGGAACAUAUAUAAUAUGCAAGUUGCAACAUUAUUUAGAGAAGAAGCUACACUUGACAAUAUUUAUACCACUUCUAUAACCGAACCAGAACAGUUCUUAACUGUUAGCGCAGAUGUAACGCCAAACCAAGUAUCACUAUUAUCAAUAAAAAGUAUGAGUGGCGAUGGUAUUGACAUUAAAAAUCCAACUUCUUCGGAGUUAUCUACGAAUCCUGAUAUAGAUAUCGGUAGUAAUAUUAAAACAAAUAUUGUGGUAAUGUCGGAUAAAGCAGUAAAUAGUCCUGAUGAUCGAAAACGUAAAAGUAAUUUCAGUGAAAAUGAAGAUUUAUUUACAAAUGCUAAAAUGAUUAAGCAAAAACAACAUCAGUCAAAUAUUACCGCAGAUCAUGAAAAGAAAACAUCCAACGAAAAAGAAUCUUUUGAACAUGGUCCUUUAAUUCAAAAUAUAGAAUUGGAGGCAACUAAUUCAUCAAAUAAUGAAUUUAACUGUAAUUUGAAAACAAAAACAUAUACUAAGGAUAAAACCAUACCAUCAUAUGAAACAAAUGAGAAACAUAAUACUGAUGAUAAAAAAAAAGGUGUUGAUAAUAGACCAAAUGUUGAUCCUUCAAACUCAAACAACGAGAUUCCGUAUACAAUUAAUACCUCAGGUGAUACUGUUUUAACUCCUGAUAAGUAUUUGCCGGAUAAUGAAUACAUGUAUACCGAUUUAAUCAAAACUCACUCAAUGCAUACUACAGGUAACAAAGUUCCUUUAUUAUUUGUGGAUACUACAACUCAAAGUACCUACAACGAAAAUUCAGUAGUUGGUGCAACUAAAGAAGAUAGUAAUACUACAAUGGACAAAAAAUCGGAGUCUGAAAUUGUCAACAAUUUGGAAUAUUGCCAGGUUAAAAAUGUUCCUCAAGAACAAAAAAAAAUCGCAGCAGAGGCAUCAUUUUAUAGUAAUAACAAUACUAGUAAUACUAAUAGCAAACAGAAUAGUAAUGAUAAUGACAGUGUCCAUAAUAUUACUACAAAAUAUACGAGUAGUUAUGAUAUUAGAAAUUUGGUUGAAUCUAGUAAUAUUCAACCUAAAAAUAAAAAUACUAUAAAUAACUGUUUGAAUGAAAAUUCUACUGAUUUGGAUGACAAUAAAGAUGGUGCGAAAAAUGAAUCUACAAGAACUGAGUUCUUUUUGUAUACUAAUUCUCAUGGUUGUGUAAAAAACCAUAACAUAAACAAUUCAUAUAAUUUAAAAAAAGAACAUGAUACUGACAAUAUUAAAAUUAACCAUGAAAACAUUAACAAUUCAGACAAUAAUGUUUUGUUAACAGAAUUGGUAAAAUCAACAGAAAAAAACCCAAACACAAAUUCAAUAACAUUUCACUCAGACAAAGAAUUAUUUAUAAAUAAUUAUGGGUGUAUUAAAGAUGAUGAAUACUUAAAAAAUAAUCGUUGGUCUAGCAAUGCGAUAAAUUAUCAUAAAAGGCUAAAUCAAAACAAUCAAAACCUUAUUGAAGAAACCAAUAUAAAUCAAAAAAAAUAUUUUACAGAAGAAGAAAAAAGUAAACCGCAUAAUGAAAGUUUAGCUAAUUCACCUAAUUUGCAUUCAUAUCAAGUGUCGGAAAAUAUUCAAGAACUUAGGUUAGAUUCCGAUUCAAGCAUUGUUACGCAAAGCAAUGAGAAAAAUGAGAAUGGUAAUUUUAAAGUUGAGGAUUCAAGUACAUUGCAUAAUAUCAGAAAUGAAAGAUUAUAUAGUCAAAUCGAAUUACAACAAUAUAAUCAACAGAACCAUCAUAUUGUUCAUCCAAAUCAUAACAGAAAUAACUUACAAUUACAACACCAAAAUGAUUUAGAAAAUUUUGACCAAUCAGAGUUAUACCACCAACAUCAACGGGAAAAUGCACAAGUCAUUUUCAGUCCGCAACCAAUUUCUUUGCAUCAUCAAAUGCAAUCCCAAAUAGAACAACUUCGACAUAAUACAGAACAGAAUUCGCAAAAUGAUCAACGUGAUCAAAUACAAAUGGCUAAUAGUCAUUCUAAUCUUAUGUCCUAUUUACAACAUGACGAAUUAAAUAAUAAUCUAAGAGUACAGUCGCAACAUCAGCAAUUACAUGAACAUUAUCAACAGAAUCACCACCAACAGCAAAACAUUUAUCUUCAAGAACAUGGACAAUCUAACUUAUUAAUGACAUCACUCCAACAACAAGGUAUUGAACAUAAUUUGCUUACGUCUAAGCAAAAAAAUACUUUAGCAACUAUGGAUGAUUUAAUCUUGGAUGAGUUUCACGAUGAACGCAAUGCCCCAUAUAAGCUGGGUCUAUCACCUACUACUACAAAACAAGAGAAUCAGGAUGACGGUUACGAAACUAGCGCAGGGGACGUUUUAACACCCAACAGUUCAUCAACGCAUUCAGUAACACCGCUACACCAGAUUCAACACACAGGUGGUUUAAUUCAACCAAAAUGCGACGAACGAUCACAGCAAAUGAAUAUGUUAAAUACUGGUCAAAAACAAUUAAAUAUGCAAAUGAAUAAAAAUCAUAGCAUUGAUAUUUCUGCCAAUAUUACAAAACUUAGUGAUGCACAUAGUGAUCCAUUUAGUUUUAUGACAGAUACGCUUGUUGCUGGAAAUGAAAUUCGAAUUAUGACCCCUAAUUCUACAACUGCAAGCCACGAGUCUCGUAGUAAUUAUUUAAAUAUGAAUGACAGGCAGAAUGAGAAUUUAUUUGCUCUACAAUCACGUUCUCAACAGCAUGAAAUGAUUAAUGACCCAGCUCCCCUACAUGUUGACCAACAUCAAGAAUACCAUCAGCAACUAAAUUUUAUUGAUAAUAAUGAUACAGUAAAACAACAAAAACGACGUGGGCGAAAAAAAAAGAAUUUAGAUGUAGAUGGUCUGCCUUUGAAUUCCAUACCAAAUGUAAAGCCUGGCAUUUUGAGUUCAGCUGACGAUCCAGAAAAUAAUAAUGGAGCUUUACUUAAAACCAAAGAACGCAAAAAGCAUGACCGUUUUAAUGGAAUGUCGGAAGAAGAUGUUAUAAAACGAACUUUACCUGAUCAUUUGUGUGACAAUCUUGAUAUAGUUAUAAUUGGCAUAAAUCCUGGUUUGUUUGCAGCAUAUAAAGGCCAUCAUUACGCUGGGCCAGGUAAUCAUUUCUGGAAAUGUUUAUAUUUAUCGGGAUUAACAGAAGAACAAAUGAGUGCAGACGAAGAUUACAAGCUUAUAGAAUGUGGUAUAGGUUUUACUAAUAUGGUUCAACGUGCUACAAAAGGAUCUGCUGAUUUGACGCGGAAAGAAAUAAAAGAAGGCAGUAAAAUUCUAUUAGAUAAACUACAAAAAUUUCGACCAAAAAUUGCUGUAUUUAAUGGAAAAUUAAUCUUUGAAGUAUUCUCUGGUAAAAAAGAAUUUCACUUCGGUCGACAGCCAGAAUGUGUAGAUGGGACAAAUACGUAUAUAUGGGUUAUGCCAUCAUCUUCAGCUCGUUGUGCACAAUUACCACGUGCAGCUGACAAAGUUCCAUUUUAUGCAGCACUUAAAAAGUUUCGUGACUAUUUAAAUGGAGUAAUACCUCAUAUUGAAGAGUCAGAGUGUAUUUUUACAGAACAAAGUAUACGGCAAUGUUGUGAACAAGAAAAUGUUAGUAAAAAUUUAAUAGUAUCCAAUUGCAACAGAGAAGAACACGUUAAUAUAAUGUAUACAAAUAAUCCCUCCAAUGCAAAUAUAAUUUCACAGCAUACUGAAGGAGUGGACACAAACCAAAAUAACAUUAGGUAUGAUAAUGCACAUAGUAGUUUCAUAUAUAAUACAACUGGAAGUGUGAAUGGUGCAAGUUCAGCUGAUCGAGAAAGCAGUUGUGGAGAUUCCUCAACAAAUAGAGAAUCUAACAGAGAACUAUCAAGCAAUAAUGAAAUGUAUAUGCGUGACAAUGUCAUGCGAUCAUUUCAAAAUCACUCAAUACCAGAAAAAAAGAAACGAGGACGCCCAAAGAAGAUUAAAACACAAGAAAUUAUUGAUCCAGCAACUGGUAAUAAAAUUUCAAUAAAUAAUAUGCAAGUGGGUAUGGAUUGUAACAAUAUUCUUAAUUUAUCAAUGGUAAGUAAUAACGCUGGAGAAGUGCCUAAAAAGAAACGCGGAAGACCAAAAAAAUUGAAACUAAUACCUAGUGAACCUUCUGCUAUAUUACAAAAAGCAAAUUCAUCACUUUUGCAAACACCUGAGCAACGACAACUUCAACAGCAAUCCCAAAGUAUGUUUCUUGCAGAACCGUCGCCCACAAAUUUUAGUAAUAAAUUAUAUCCAACUCCUUCACCAAUUCAUUCUCCUGCAAUUCAUUCAACAUCAAAAUAUGUAGCUGGAUCAUCUCCAAUUACAAUUCAAAGUAACCAACAAACGCCACCGUUGAGUAAAUUAAUAGGUAAUCGUCAGGAAGAAUCUAAAGAAUUAAUUUCAGUAGAAGCACAUGUUCGUGACACUAAUACUGGUUAUUAUCCAACCCAACUUAUGUCAGCAUCAAAAAUAACAGCAGAAUCAACAUUGCCUUCUGUAGGAGUAAUACCACCAAGUGAGUCCCAAUCGACAAAUUCAACACCUUCGCCCAAUUCAUCAAAUAUUUGCGGUGUAGAUUUUGAAAGAGGUACAAAUAUCAAUAAUAUUGUUGGUAACAAUCAAAAUAUAGAAAUGCAACAAAGGGAUAUUUUAGAGGUACAUCAACGUUUGAGUUAUGAUAAUUCAACAUCAGAACUUCCUCCUGAACAUGCAACAAAUAAUCAUUUUCAAUGGCUACCUUCACAACAAAUUGAUCGAAUUCAUCAUCCGCAUUCUGAUAAUAUUAAUUUAAACUACCGUGAACCGAAUAUUUAUAAUAUGCAAUGCGAACAAUUGGAGCAGCAACACCAAAGUCAAUCUGAGAAUCGAGGACAUAUGUCAACAUGGCAACAACAUCAGCAAUGUUUUGAUAACUCAAAUUAUAUGUUUACAACCCAAGCUUUGCAUCAA